AUGGUUGACUGCGCUCUAAAGCAUGAUGAUAAAAUUUUCGACAAAAACAUUUUAUUAAGCGACGAUAGUAAUCUGAUUCAAGUGAAUCUUGAUUGUCAAUUAAAUGAUCAAGUAAAAUGCAAUAAAGUUGAAAAUACAUUCAAGUUGGCAGGAGAAAUCAUUAAUUACGCACUUGUGCUUAAUACGCCUAUUAUCGUUAAUGCCAUAUUUCGCCCAUUGGGGAAUCCAAAAGUAUUAGGAGGAGCGGCAGCAUCAAGAUUAAUUUCAAUACCGGAUGAUGAAGAUAAUACGGAAAGAUUAUAUCCUCAAGCCUUAGUAAAACAAUUAGGAUUACAAAUUCCAAUAGUGAAAUUCGCAAGUUCAGAUAUCAUAGCUCAAUUUAAUUCAUUAAAAGAUUGGUACUUUCCUGAUGAUGAAGGUUCCAUAAGACCAGAUCAAAAUGAUAUCUUAAAUACCGUUUUACAUGAACUCAUUCAUGGUUUGGGAUUUUUUUCAAGUUGGAAGAAUUACCUUGACGAACAAUUGCAAAGUCCAACUAGCGGUUUAACUCCUAUAUUUAGUUCAGGUUCUAACGCAACGUCUAAUUUACCAUUUGGAUCAUUUGAAUUCACGGGAUUUUAUGAAACCAUAUUUGAUAAAUUUAUCAUGAUUAACAAUGACGGUAAACAAGAAAAAUUAUCCAUGUUAGCCAAUGAAUUAAAUCAAUUCUCUGGUAAAAACAAGUUAUUUACUCAUUUAUCAAGUUUUAAUGAUGAAUUCCGGAAUUCACCACAAUAUGAAGCGGCAAAGAAGAUGUUAUCAUUAAGCAUGGUAAAAAAUUCUUUAAUAUUUAUGCCAAAAGGAACCACGAAAAUUAAUGAUGGAUUAAUAUUAGAGACGAGUUUAGGAACAUAUGCAACAGGCUCAAGUAUUGUUCAUGUUGACUAUAAUAAGUAUUCUCGUGAUUCGGAUUUCUUGAUGAUAUAUAAUAGUGUUGCUGGUAUAUCAAUGAACGACUUAAUCAAAAAAACUGGAAACCGUACUGGAACCGCUAUCGGACCGAAAUUGCUGAAGGCACUAAAUUCAAUCGGAUAUACUUUAGCUGACAAUCCGAUAAAGUUUAAUCGACGUUAUACAUCCUAUGAUGGACAUUCAGUUAAUAACUUGUUAAAAAAGAAAAUCAUUUCAAGCUUUAAAUGUCUUAAUAAAAUAUUAGAUUUAUUUGACGUGUCUACUCCCAAAGGUUAUAGUCUUAAAAUGCAAGAAUUUAUGGAAUCAAGUAAUAAAGAUUUAAAAGAAUUGUUACAAUAUGGUCUUGGUGUUCAUGUUAGAAGCUGA